GGAGUGUGCGAAGGAUUCCGUGAACGUUUCCAGAGGUGGAAAAGGCUUGUCUUUAGUAUGAUUUUGAGCAUUGGUACAGCUACACUUUCACUGGAAUAGAGGAUUGACCUUCUCAAUCUUUGUAGUACCGGACCUGAAACUGAAGCAUCAUGGAAACCGAGUAUUCUAAAAGGGUCUAUCAAGGGGUGAGGGUCAAGCACACAGUGAAAGAUCUACUGGCAGAGAAACGACAAAAUCAAACAAAUGGACCAAGAUACAGUGGAGGAACAUCCAGCCAAUCAUCAUUUGUUCAAAUGCCAGGGUCUCACAUGAUCCCUAGCUACUACGGCAUGAGGCGACCUUUCAUCUCCGACUCGGACUUCUCUCCUAAGCAGUUCUCGGGCGAGGUCUACUCCUCAUCCCUGGGUGGCAAGCCUCUAGGUUGUGACCCAUCGGCCAUGUCUGGCUACCCGUCCGUCAUAGACAGCUACUACCCGGAAACGUUCGGAGACUACCGUAGUGCAGCCUUCACCACCGGAGGGAGCUCCAUCUUCCCCAGCUCAGCCCUGUCCACUCUGCUACCACCUUUCUCUGGAGAGUCCCCCCACUUUCUCCUGAGGGAUUCGUGGGAGCAGCCAGUGGCAGACCCAGUGACCCAGGGAGAGGGUUUGUGUGCAGACGGCCUGACCUCUGUUCCAGUCUCCCUGCCCAGCCCCGACCCUCCCGGGAGCCCGUCACAGUACCGCUGCUCCACCCGUAGCUCCUCCAUGGCCUCGGCACAGCCCUAUGCCCUUCACCCUCUGGACGAAGUACACUACCACACCUCUUACCCUGCUGCCUCCACUUUCACAUGUCCUUCCUAUAUGACUGUCUCCAACGACCUAGCCUCCAAGAUGGCCCCUCUAGCUAAUGAGGACUCUGACAGUACCCUCGCCACACAUAGUGACACACACUCGUGGGUGAAAGAAGAUGGUGGAAGCUCUUGGUCGCCAUAUGAGAUUCGGAGGUCUUAUUAAAUCCAUUUGGAAACAUCCUGUCCUUCACAGAAAACCAAAACAAUGCAGAUGCAAGUGACUCAGCUCCUUGUGGUCCAAAUAUUGACUUUGUAGACUUUGCUAAUCUUUUUAUAGAAGUACAAAGUGGAACUUUUACUUAUUUGACCCUCCUAAGUCCCCUGUUGACAUUAUGGUAUGUAAGAACUAACUCACUGGGUACACAAUGGUUGAAUCAAUGUUGUUUACACGUCAUUUCAAUUAAAUUAUGUUGAACCAACUUAAAAUAGACAUUGAAUUGACCUCUGUGCCCAGUGGGAACCCUUUGCAUGGGCACGUGUCAAUGGACCAGUUAGGAUUCUGUGCCUGUGUUCAAAUGUUUGAAAUAGAUGUGUUUUUAUAUAGUCAUUAUAUUAGGAAAACAUCAUUUUAAUUGAUAUACUGCCAUUGCGACAAUUGCAAUUAGCAUUUAUUUUUUGCUGAAGGUCGUUUUACUUUAACCUUCUUUACUUUAUCGCAUCUUGUUGUCAGCUUUAAUAAACCAAAUCAGAGUUUAUCCAACUGUAUCUACUUCAUGUGAGCCUUUACUCUGUGAAGCUUUGGUAAUGAAUGUGUAUGUUUUUUCUCUUCUGUUUUUGAUAUUUUAGGAGCUUGUUGCAAUGCAUUCAUUACUAGUAAUAGGCAGCAGUGACAAUUCAAAGAAAAGUCUUGAGUAUAACGAAAGACAAUCAGAGAUGACCAUCUACAGGAUUCUUCAAGAAGUGAGUGGGAAUCUAUACCUGAAUAUUUUACAUUCAGAGACAAUGCAAGGAACAGAAUUGGUCAAUAGAUGCAAGUGAUUUAUCAUACUCACAGUUCCCUGUGUUUUGCUUUACAUUUCAAGAAAUAAACAACAUAGAUAAUGUUUUGGGCAGUUGAAUGUGUAUUAUAAAUCCAAUAUAAUAAAAGAGACUGCAAUAAAUGCAUGAAAAUUGAACAUAUUUCUUGCUAAAAUUACACAUGAAAAAAAAAAACGAUUUUGUCUCUACAUUUAAUUAAGACGGAGAGCCCACUUACGUAUAUCCUACUCUAGAUGGCGCAGUUGUUUCAUGUUACCUCUUCCUCUCACCGUACCAGCGUAAUGUGUGGGGAGGAAAUUGCAACCCCAGAAAUAAAACAUUAAAACAUUGUAACGUUAGAUAUUAUAUCAGAACACUAGCAUAAUAUUCUUGGCAGUUACGAUAAUGGGCCUAGGUCCUACUUUAUGGAAGGUGAGAAGUUGGUCAAGACACCAACUCAACUACCCAGUGGAGAUGAUGGGCUUUGAACCGACAUGAUAGGAUCAUUGCAUAGGCCCCUACCAGUAUAAAUCAGGAAAGGCAAUAGAUUGUAUUGGACAUAUAGUGUGUGUAUUUUCUCAAUAUAUGAAUGAUGAUAAUGAUAUAUGAUACCCCAAAACGGAAAGCUAAGCUAUUUUAAUUCAAACUAGGUAUAUGUUUCUGUUUAUUGUUUGCUAUGUUUGUAAAUUGUUAUUCAAAUGUAGGCUAACAAUGGCAAUGGAAGAACACUUCUAGGAAACGGUUUUCUCUAAGGCAAUGUGCUCAUAUUUUCUUAAAAUAUUUGAGUGAAAAUUGCCUUCUGAUAACAUGUUGUUUGUUCAUAUCAUAUGUAUUAAGUUGUAAAGUCUUCAACAUAAAAGCAGGCAUGGACAGUAA